UGCAGACGAGCUGUGCGCCUGUGCGUCGCUGGUGUGGAGUCAAACGCGCCAGCGCUUGGCGGAUCUCCCAGCCAAGGGCCUGCAGUGUUGCCCGUCCGAGAACGGUCAUCGAGGCGCGUGCAGCGAUCAUUCAGGAGUCACCGCUCAACACACCAUGUUUGACACCGCCCUGGCCUGGCUGCGGGAGCCACAGCAGCAGCUGCAAGCAGCGCUCAGAUGGGCGGCUGUGCAGACGCUGCGAGCUGGUAAACUGCCAAAACACGUAGCCUUUAUCAUGGACGGCAACCGACGCUUUGCCCGUCAACGCCACAUUGCUCGCAUUGCGGGCCAUUCAGCUGGUUUCGACAAGCUCAAGGAGACGUUGCAGUGGUGCCUUGAUCUUGAUAUUCGCAUCGUCAGCGUGUACGCCUUUAGCAUUGAAAAUUUUAACCGUAGCAAGGAGGAAGUUGAUGCUCUGAUGCAGCUCGCGCUCGAAAAGUUUGAAACGCUCCUGGAUGAAAGUGAGGUCUUGCACCAGCACCAAGUGAGCGUGCGCAUCGUCGGCAACAUGGAUCUUUUACCCGAAGCGCUGCAACGCGUCCUUGGCAAGGUCGUGUAUGAAACGCGCGCGUACACAAAGGCAAUUUUAAACGUGUGCUUUGCUUACACUGCACGUGACGACAUCACAACGGCGGCCAAUCGCAUCCUCACCGCCCUUGACGAAGGCCGGAUACAGUCGUGGCUCAUAUCCGUAUACUUGCUUGAAUACUACCACCCUGUGUGGUUUACAAAGGUUCUUUGGCCCGACUUUGGGUUCUACGACAUGUUGGAAUGCAUCGUGGCCUACCAGCGUGCGGCCCCCGUUGUCUCGCGGUUGCGGGCGCAGCAGUUUGCAGUCGAGCAGCAGGGCCUGCGUGUGCGCUUGAAUGCUUUGCUGGCUCAGCUCGGCGGCGAGGGAGAUGGUCGCUCAUCGCCUUUUGAAGCUGGAACCCGGCAAUCGGAGAAGGUAGCGGCGCUGGAGGAGGAGCAACGGUAUCGGGUGCAGACAUAUGUGCGGGCGCUGCGCGAGGCAGCUAUGGCACGCUAUGCGACACUGGCCGCCGCAUAUGACCACAAUCGCCCCUGUGAUGCUGCUGGCAAGCGCGAAGCAAUCCCCCUCACACGACACACGGCCUCUCUGUCUCUCUGUCUCUCUGUCUCUCUCUGUCUCUCUCUGUCUCUCUAUGUGUCUCUCUCUGUCUGUCUCUGUCUGACUUCUCCAUUAAAAAUAGCGUUGAAACAUCAUGACAUCAUUCAUUUCAUCGUCUAUUAUUAG